AUGUCCACCAACGAUAAACCAACAGUCCUUAUUGUAGGCGCAGGACUGGGAGGCCUUAUGAUGGGCGCCCUUUUCGAAAAGUCGGGUGUGCCCUACACCAUCUUUGAGCGCGCUGUCGCGGUGAAACCCUUAGGCUCUGUCAUGUCGAUCGGGCCUACGUUGCUCCCUAUCUUCCAGCAGAUGGGUAUCUAUGAUGACAUCCUGGCCGCGGGCAAGUACAUCACGCAUACCGAGACUUAUAAAGAGAACCUGGAGAGGUACCGAGCUGCUGACUACAGGCCCAUCGAGGAGUUCACGGGCUAUGGACAGUACAUUAUCGACCGUCCUACGUACUACAAUAUCAUGCUCAAGCAAGUCCCAGCCCACAAGAUCCACUUUGGCAAGCGUGUCACCGACAUCAUCGAAACGGACGACAAGGUGACCAUUCACCUCUCUGACGGAGAGACGCACGAGGGCGAUAUUGUUGUGGGUGCCGACGGUGCUUACAGUUCAGUCCGCGAACGCAUCUACGAACAACUAAAGGCCAAAGGCAAGUUGCCAAUGGCGGAUCAAGAAGAACUCCCUUUCAGUUUCAUUUGCUUAGUUGGCCAGACCGAGAUCCUCGAUCCCGAGGAGUUCCCAAUCAUCAAGGAGCCUACUUGCAAGUUCCGUGGAUUCCUUGGAAAAGACAUUCCCUUCACGGCCGCCAUGGAAAAGAAGGCACAGAGUGGCGAGACCGCAGAGUGGGGUGCCUACCCGACCCAAACCAUGAUUGACGAGACCAGGCAUUUUCCUAUCCAGCUCGACGACGGGAAGAAGCGCACUAUGGGCGAUCUGUACGACUUGACGCCCAAGGAUCUUAUUUCCAAGAUCAUGCUGGAGGAGAAGGUCUUUAAGACUUGGCAUCAUGGGCGUGUCGUCCUGAUGGGCGAUGGCGCGGUGACAGCGAUGCAUGAUGCGAUCGCACUCGCAAACUUGAUCUACGCCCAGCCGACAAAGACUUUAGGAGACAUCACCAAGAUCUUUGAAGAAUACCAGGAGGAACGAUUCCCCGCCGUUAUGGAGUCAUUCGAGAACAGCAAGGUUAUGAGCAAGGCCGCGGCACGUGGUAUCGCUGGCGCCAUUCUCCUCUUCGUCAUGACCCACAUGCCUUUCUGGCUGUGGAGACUCGCCUUAAAGAAGACGGUUAGGUUCAGACCCCAAGUGGGUUUCCUACCAAACAUUCCCUUGAUGGGCAGUGUGAUCCCUGUCAUCUCGCCCAGUGAGCAAAAGGCCAGGGCUCUCUUUGAGAAGCAACAGCAAGCAGGCAUGGUGGCCCGUUUCCCGCUUUAA